CUUGGAUUUGGAUUUUUCAUGAUCUGCUAUGUUCUACUAGUCGAGAACUUUCAUUUGAUACCCAUACUGAUGAUGAUGAGGCUGCGGUAGAAAUAAACGGUACAUUAAUUGUCGUGAAUUUUUUUCCAACAGUACAGUACUUGAUGGUAUAGUCAGUGUCUAUUUGAAAUCCAAACAAAUUGGUCCAGUAUUUCUGCAGAGUUGUGAAAAAAAUAUCGUUUCGAACAAGCAAAAUGUGGAACGAGAAAGAGAUUCCCAUGAAUUUCGUAAGCAUCGAAUUGAUCACGGAAAUAUUAGCAGUAACAGAUGAUAAUUGUUUCUUGUCCCGAAGAAUGAGAAAACACCUUGAGAGCCUUCCGCGCAUAGACCGUAAGAAAACUGUGGAACACCAAACAUAUAUUGGCUUCUUACCACUUUUCACUGCCUGUAACCAAAGGAAUAUUCGCAUUAUCGAAUAUUUGAUAACAGUGUGCGAUGCCAGCACCGAUCAGACCAGUUACUACCUGUGUGAGAACGAUCGAGCGUACAAUAUCACACCGCUGGGUAGAGCUUGCUUCACCGGAAAUAUGCCGGUCGUGGAAUGCCUCCUACGGUUGGGUUGCGAUCCAAAUGGUCCCUUCGAGGAUGGAUUAACACCGCUGCACAUUGCGUUCCGGAGGAAAAAAAUGAAUGUAGUUCAAUAUUUGCUGGACAACGGAGCGGACUUACAUAGACCGAGCUACGAUGGUACGACCUGUCUCAUGAGUGUUUCCCAAUCGGUACACCUAACAGCUUAUCUGCUCAAAAACGGGGCAGAUCCCAAUGCGUGUACCGUUCACAACGAGACCGCUCUGCACUACAGUAUUGAACGACGAAAACUCGAAACAACUUGUCUGCUGCUGCAACAUGGAGCUGAUCCGUUUCAUAAAAACAGCAAAGGAGCUGACGCACUGCAGAUGGCGUGCAUCUAUUCAGCAGCUGAAAUUGUCGAAUAUCUCAUUAACCACUAUGCAUAUUCGGCCGAAAGAUUGGCUGAUGCUUACGAACUCAUUGGAUCCUCAUUUAUCGAUUUUCAUUACGACUGGUAUAAAGCAUUGGAAUAUUUGCGGAAGGCUCACUUCAUCCGAACGAAUGGUUCAAGCUACAUUGCGAAAAGACCGCAUACUUCACCACGGUUCGAAUUCGAUUACGCAGUUGAGUAUACCACGAGGGAAGAACUGGAAGAAAUCAGAUCGAGUAUUGACGCGUUACGGAUGCAGAGUUUGCUGAUAUGCGAAAGGAUUUUAGGAAUUGACCACGAGGAAACCUUGCGGCGGUUGCUGAAAAGAGGUUGGAUGUAUCAGGAUGUCCGUCCACAAAUGUGUUUUGAUCUGUGGAUGUUGCUGUUAAAGAUCCAAAUUGAUAAGUAUUCCAUUUUACACACCAAUACAAAGGACUCGGCACAGCAAAUCGUAUUAAUGUUAAUGACAAUAUUGAGAGAGCCGGAUGCAAGUGCGAAUGAUCACGAGUUUCCCUUAUUCGAGAGAGCUUUAGCUGUGUUUGAAUUACUAACCGCCAAGAUCAUCGAGACACGACAUCUGAUAGAGAUACAACCGGCCGAUUUGCAGCAGCAGAAGACCUACGAUAAGAUAAUUCAAUAUUUAAUGUAUCUCAUAUAUAUUUUGAUCGACAAGUCUUCAUGUGCAGAUGAGGAUGAAUUGAUUGAAAACAAAGUUCGCGAGUUGGUUCAACAGGAUAUACGAUGUACGGAAAACAAAGAAACAUUGCUGCAUCUAACCGUUGGCGGUUUAAAUAAGUUAGAGGAAGUAGAUUGGUGGGAAGAUGACAGUACAGCUUACACAUUCCCUGAUGUCAAGAUGAUGAAGCUGCUGCUGAAGUGUGGAGCUGACGUCAAUGCGAGAGAUAGAACAAAAUCGACGCCUCUACACCUUUCAGCCCCCUACGACGAUACGGAAAUCGUCAAAACUUUGCUCGAGUAUGGUGCCCACAUUGAUAUACCGAAUGUGUACUCAUUAAGGCCAUCGGAGCUACUCGUUUCGGAGGAUUCCGUACACGAUAUAUCACUGGGUAGCUACAUCUCACUUAAAUGUCUAUGCGCGAAUGCUAUUAUUGAAAAAGACAUACCCUAUGAGAACAAAUUUCCCCACGCAUUGGAACGUUUUAUUCGGGCACAUGACUUUUGACAGCAAUAUCCAGUUUGCAGUAAUCUGCAAUCGA